AUGGUUGUGAGAUCCAAUGGGCCUGACACUUGGAGAUCAAGGUUAAUUUUCGAUGGCUCUUUCCGUGUAUGCGAUCUUAGGGCCCUCAUUGACAAUAAAUUGACUAUCCUGGUAAAUAACCCCACGGUUUGGCUUCACUUAGUUCCUAUCAAGUGCAUUAGCUUUGUUUGGAGGGCUUGUAUGGGGCGUAUUCCUAUUGUAGUGGCUCUUUCCAGAAGAGGUAUCAACACGUCUUCUAUAUCCUAUCAAAUGUGCUUUAGUGGUGUGGACAUUGCGGAUCAUAUUCUCUUGGAUUGUCUAAUUGCUUUUGAUUCCCUAUGCUGGAUUUUCAAUUGGUGUGGUAUUUCUAUUCAAAGGCUCCUUUCGGUUUCAGAUUUUGUUAACUUUGCUGCCUCAUGGGGGAACUAUCCAAAAAAGAGAAAAAUAUUUAUUGCUAUCUCCUAUGGGUUUCUAUGGUGUAUAUGGAAAGCAAGGAACGACGUUUAG